AUGGCGCGGGCCAUCCGCCACCUUCCAAGGAACAAUGUAGACGGCGCAGCGGACGUUGGCCUCGGCUCCUCCGUUGGGUCUGCGCAUUUUUUAAUUCCUGCAUUGCAGACAUUUGCCCAAAAACAACGGCAGCAACGACAGCAGAACGGCGCAGCGGAGGACUCGUUACCUUCUCCCACUACCUUCUCGGCUUUCAUUGAACGCGCACACGCGACCUUCGCGUUGUCUCGUGGAGAAUUCCAUCAGCUUCGACAGCAGCAGUCGAACGCCAACGCUAUGGCGGAAGAGGGAGCAACGGACCGACCCACACGGGUGGCAAACUCCGCCCCGCACCGUGCAUCGGUGGAAGAAAACGUGCAACUGGAACUCGACGACGACUCCUCUACCACCGCGACAUCGCUUCAGCCGCUCCCUACGUCGGAAAGGAGCGCAGACGAAUCACGCGAACAACUUGCCGCCGCCGUUCGUGCCUACAAUCCAUCACUACAGGCACCGCUUCUGCAGCGCAUCGCGUCCCGCCUUGCCAUCGCUGACACGCUGUUCCUGGCGAAGCAACUGGCGCGAUACCUGCACGACGCGGCGGCAGCGGAAGACGGCAGCAGCGGCGGCGGUGGCGUUUUUUUGAAAGCAGGAGUUGAUGCGAAGACGUCCAUCACCACCGCAAAGGCGAUGGAACUGCUGCGACGUGCCGUGGACGCUUGUCGCGUGCGUCACGCCAAUCCCGCGCCAGCAGCGGGGCGCGCAGACGUUCUCUCUGCAAGUACUUCGUUGUGGGCAUUGAGCAACGCUGCGCGCGAGAGCGCCGGCAUCGCCUUGAGCUUUCAUCACGCCGCCGCCUCGUUGAGCACACACGGCCAACGGCGCCGCCGACCGCGUCUGCGCUGCUUCUUCCGCUACGUCAGCGACGUGCAGGUCAGCGAGGUGCUGCCGAAUGGGGCGGUGGUGGUGUUCACGCAGCCGACGCAUCCAGCGGCGGUGGGGGAUCGCGCAGCCGCCACGCACGUGCACGGAGAGGGUGAAGAUGAGGGUGGCGCCACGACGAGCGAUGCGACGCGCAGGAAGAAGCACCGCAGUAGGAAACCAGUUUCUUUCCGCGAGUCUCUGGAGUCCUGCCUCGCCUCGUCUCCCGUCGAGGUGCAUUUGCACUGCGUGCUGUACCGUCGAGGGGUAUCCCUGGCGGCUGCAGUUGCGCGCGUCAUCGACGCAGCGGAAGGACGCAUUCAGCGAGAAGACGUUCAUGUGAAUCUUGUUGUGCCAGAGAAUGACGAGCAUGUGGUGGUGCAGCUGUGCAGUGUGCUCGUCGCCAUCCCUGUUGCGCUUCGUGGAAAGGGCAGCACGGAGAGGGAGGAAGCCGUUCAGCAUUGCCUGCACGUUGCCCGUGCCCUCGCCCACGUGAACCUCGCAAGCGACGGGAGAGGCGAAGAUUACGAGCCCACAGUUGGGCUGCAGCUCCUCUAUGGCCGUCCACACUCUUGCGCAGGAGAGCGGCGUGGUGGGACCUCAACGGAGCCCGCCAGCGCAGCUCCUCAGCUGCAGUACGCCGUUUUGCUUCGCGGCUUCGACCAACGUGGUGGACCCGCCGAUCAGCUCGACCGCACCGCUCUACGGUGCAGCGAAACUAUACCGAACUUCUUCUCUCCGCAUCACUUCGGCCCGGCGGCAGUUCCUUUCGUCCGCACCUACCACGUCACCGCCGCGCUGGAAAAAGGGCGGUACGCAGAGGCAGCGGCGAUGAUGUUGUGUCUGUGGUGUGGGACGGAGCCGCCGCAGCCUAGCUCGUCUUCUACAGCUCAAGCGUUAGCGCCGUGGCUCGAGCAAGCGCUUCAUUUCCUCUGCAGUGGUGAGGAACGGGAAGGGGCGUGGCAGGCGUGGUGGAUGCAGCACGUACCCGCGGCAGAGCAGGUCCGUCUGCUGAGUGCGAAAGCAGAACUUGUAUGGAACGUGCUGGCGAGCUGUCGCCUGCAAGAGCUGGCGGCUGCGACAAAUGGCCGCGGCGAUGCUCUCAUGGCGGCCAGCCCUGAACCAGGCGAUUUUGUCCGGUGCGCCACCGCCGCCGUCACAGACGAGAAGGAAGGAGGCGCGGAGGAGCGUUUUGUUGUACACGCUUUGCUGCCGCACCCAACGCGAGUCACCCCCAUUUACACCCAACCCCAAGCAGCACGCUACACCGUUCACGACAUCGUUCUGCCUGUUGUGUGUGAUGCGGCGAACGGCACUACAGGGUGUGAGAGCCUAGCGGAGGUGGAGGCGCAUCUUGGCUUCACCGCUGCUCGUCGCUGUCGUCGCCGCCCACACGAGCAGCCCCCACUGUCCUUUCGCCCCCUCCUUGUAAGCGCCACGGGCUACCCUCGCGCGGCACGACCGUGGACCCGAUCCUUUCCAGAGCCCUCCAGCGGCGCAGCCCUCGAUCGCACGCCCACCGUUUUUCAUCUUGCCACCGAUUGGACGCUGGCGAGCAGCAGUCGUCCGGAGCGCGACUACGCCGCGACGUCACGCGGGCCGCGUGCGCAAGUGUGGCCGCUGAGCAAGCGCGGACGCGCACUCUCGGACCGACUGCCGGCGGGCCUGCUCUCCGUCGCCUCCGCCAACGGGUCGUCGCUGCUAGGCAACGAAACGGCUCUCUCACGUCGCCACGCAUCACGCUGCCUCGCCGUCCACUGCACCCUACCGGCGGAUGUGUCGCUGAGCAACUAUCUUUGCGAAUUUGCCACGGUGGAGGACCUGCGCCAGUCGUUGUAG